GAGCAGGCCGUGCUGGAGACGGUGCUGCCCGCGCCCGCCGGGGAGUCCAAUAGCACCGAUAGCGCCAAAGCUCCCAAAGUGAACUGCGAGGAGAGAAACACUACUGGCAUCGACCGCUUCACGCUGCAGAUCCUGAACGUGUCUCAGGACCUGAUGGAGUUCUUAAACCCAAACAGCAGCGACUGUACCUUAGUCUUAUUCUAUACACCCUGGUGCCGCUUUUCUGCCAAUCUGGCACCUCAUUUUAAUUCUUUGCCUCGAGCAUUUCCAGCUCUUCGCUUCCUGGCAUUGGAUGCAUCUCAGCAUAGCAGUUUAUCAACUAGAUUUGGAACUGUGGCUGUACCCAAUAUCCUCCUUUUCCAAGGUGCUAAACCUAUGGCUAGGUUUAAUCAUACAGACAGAACGCUGGAAACAUUGAAAGACUUCAUUUUUAAUCAGACAGGUAUAGAAGCUAAAAGUGAUGUGGCUGUGACCGAGGAAGACUGGGAAGGCCCCCUGCCUAGCGUUCUGACAAAAGGCGUAGACUGGCUGCUUCUGUUUUCUUUGCUCUUUCUGGCUAGCUUUGUCAUGUAUGCUACGGUUCGAACGGAGAGCAUUCGGUGGCUGAUCCCGGGACAAGAGCACGAACAUCAGGAAUAA